AUGAAGCCCUCUGAAGACAUGCUUGAGAUCAUCGCCUGUGCCGUUCUAAUCCUUGUGAGUGUUACUGGAAACGUCUGUUUAUUUCAUUCUACAAGGAAGUGUGUCACUGGACGUUUACAGACAUCCUUUCUUCUAAUUUUCAGCCUUAUAUUUGUCCACCUUCUUAAAAACUUGGUGGUGAAUGUCAUGAAAAUUGUUUACUCUUCUGGUAUCAUGUUGGAUUCAGCUGGCUGCAAAGUUCUGCACUUCACAGCGGCCCUGACGACUUCCCUGGCCAUCUGGUUCCUGUUAUACUUUGCCUUGCUCUACCACUGGAAGCUUUACCAAAUCGUUCACCCCUCGAGUGAGGAGCUACACCCGGACCGGCAGACCCAUUCCUUCAAGGUGGUUUCUGCUCUCUGGGUGGCUGGCGUGGCAGUGUACAUCCCACUUUUAAUUUACACUAGAAAACUGGAAUUCCUGAAUGCAGGAAAUGAUACCAACCCCUCGUCUACUAACAGGAUUUACAUGGAUUGCCUAGUUGGCUUUGGAAACCAACAGGUAGAGUUUUACUAUGGAAAAAUAUUUUUAGUUUUAAUUGAUAUUCUCCCUUUAGCCAUUUUAGUCUUUGUCUGUUUCUGGAUGUCUCUCCUCCUUUCAGAAAGAAAGAAGAUGACAUAUGGUGACAUCUGGAUUGGAGAUGAUGAUGCAGAAGUCGAAAUCCUUCGAGGGGCCAAGUUCAGUAUUUUAUUAAUGUUGUUGAUCACUCCACUUUGGAUUUCUCACUUUAUCUUAGUUUGUUUCUUAAAGGACUUGGCAGCACAUACUUUCACUCCAGCUGUUCUCACAGCCCUCUCCUCAGGCUUCUCGGCUCUCAGUCCUUUCCUGCUUAUUUUGGUGAAUUACAGAAUGAAAUUGGUGUCCUUCUGUGGUACCAAAGAGGAAAAGCCCACACCACAGCUUACAAAUGCUACUCUUUCUCCAUAUGCUUAA